AUGAAUUGGGCAAAUGACAGUUCCUCAAAAGGGUUUAUACUACUUGGCUUCUCAGAUAGUCCCUGGCUACAAAUGCCUCUCUUUGUGGUUUUGUUAAUAUCAUACACAUUCACAAUCUUUGGCAAUGUGUCCAUUAUGGUUGUGAGCAUUCUGGAUCCCAAACUUCACACACCCAUGUAUUUCUUUCUCGCUAAUCUCUCCAUCUUGGAUCUCUGUUAUACCACAAGCAUAGUCCCUCAUAUGUUAGCAAAUAUUUGUUGCAACAAAAACACCAUCAGCUACAGUGACUGCGUGGCCCAGCUUAUCAUCUUCCUGGCCCUGGGUGCCACAGAAUGUCUCCUCUUGGCUGUUAUGUCCUUUGUCAGAUUUGUAGCAAUCUGCAGACCACUCCACUAUGUAAUCAUCAUGAACCGCUGGUUCUGCUUAAGGAUGGCUGCCUUCUCGUGGCUCACUGGUUUCAGCCUCUCAGUGUUGCAGUCUUGCCUGACACUGAACAUGCCACGCUGUGGUCAUCGGGAAGUGGACCACUUCUUCUGUGAGGUUCCUGCCCUUCUCAAGUUGUCAUGUGCUGACAUAAAGCCUAUAGAGGCUGAGCUCUUUUUCUGCAGUGUAUUAAUUCUGCUAAUUCCAGUGACAUUGAUCCUGAUCUCCUAUGGCUUCAUAGCUCAAGCAGUGUUGAAAAUCAGGUCUUCAGAAGGAAGGUGGAAAGCUGUUCCCUAUUUUCAGGCUUUCAUGAUUUCACUGAAUUCUACCAAACAAAAGUCUUCCUUUGUUACAAAAACAAUAUAUGCGAACUAA